AUGGAAUCCAACAGCGUUCAGGAAGAAACCGAUAAUGAUCAAGAUGAUUCGUUUGCGUCGUCAGUGCAAGAUUUUUCUGCCAGCGAAGAUGACUGGACGCCAGAAAAAGGUGAACAAUUAAAAUCCGCCGUGAAAGGAGUCAAACGAAAACGUACCACAGAACCGAUAAAAAAGACAUUCGUUCUUGCCGGACCAGCUCGGAUAUCUCGUCGCAUUGCUGCAAAGAAAGGAAUUAUUUUGCCCGAAGACCCACCCGGUCAUGACCCGGUGCAGUUGUUGUGUCCUGGUGCCAACACAAGUGGUGAGAACUCUGAAAGCGAAGAUGAAAAGACAUCGACGAAGAAAGUCAAAAGAAAAGUAUCCCGACCGAAGUUAAAACGAGCGCGGAAAAAAUCCGCCACCGAUAAGGAACCAAUCAAACUAACCACGUUUACGGUGGAGCAAUUGUAUCGCAAAUAUCGACCUGAUUUAGCUCCCCUUGUCACACCAAGUGCGGAAAAACCAAGCACUUCAAAGCAACAUGCUGUAGGCCGAAAAAAACGUAACCCAUCCGAUAGAGUUGACGCUGGGGAUGAUUCGGAAAGCAGUGGUGAUGAUUAUCUUGUCGACCCUAGUGAACUGGAUUUAGAUUCAGAAUUUUUCCGACCAUCCGAGAAGGAAACUGAACAACGGGAAGCGGUGGAUCUGUACUUUGACUGCAACGCAGGCGUUGAGCUGACGGAUUCGGAUGAGGAGGAUACCAGAGGGGAACAGUCUGUUUUAGAAUCAAAGGCGGCAAAAAUCGCUCCUGCUAGUGCUGUGAAAACCCUAGAACAUUCUGAUGCGCAGCUUGGUAAGAAGCUCAUUCAGCAAAUCAAUCAAUCUAGCGAAGCUUACGUACACAUGGUACGGCUGGCAGAGGCAGCCCACUCAUUGGUGUCAAAAGAAAAUGGCUCUAUCGCAGGAACAUCCAAAGGGUCGCCACAAAACACUGCAUUGGAAUCGCGAAAACAGGAAGACAUCGACAGCCUGUUAGUGACGGGAGAGAAACUUCCAAAUCGUGGUAAAAAUUCGUUAUCCACUGGAUUUGGUAGAAACGAUUUUGUAACGGUCGUACCGACGAAACCACUGGAGCUUGCAGACGGUUGUAAGGAUAUCGAAAUCACGCUUAAGCUCGUACCGGAAGUUGCUGGUAAAUCUGGUGCACGCAAGCGCACAUUCGACGUGCUAACAGCGCUUAAAAGGUUUAUGAAUAGAGAAAAGCGAACCAGUCAACAGAAUAUGCAUAAGGUCUCGUUGCUCUGCUGGAUCGGGCAUGGUACGUACGUGAACAACGUACUUCGGAAACCAUCGUUGAUACGGCUUGCGCAGAAGAAGCUGCUCCCUGGAGUGAGGGACCAAACGAGUGCAAGUAGCCGCCCAAACGGGCUCACGAAUUUACGAUAUUUCCAGGAGAUCACACGCUAUUUUCGCCGAACAAUCACACUCAAAGACGAUACGAUGUUUUAUCGUCAGCGGCAGCACCCUGCAUUGGACAAAUUUCUCAUUUUUGCCAUUGCGAAAAAAGCAGCCUACUGCCAGCGCGACUAUAUUUUGCUGUUUGUUCUAAUGCUGCGAACGCUCGGUGUCUACUGUCGGCUAGUGAUUUCUCCCCCCGUUCCACCGAAACAUAUCCCGACCGAUCAGCUGUACAAAAUGAACCCACGGACGGGACCGGAAAUGGCAAUGGAAAGACAGUUACUGCAAGACUUCCGGCUGGCGCCCCCAAACAGCAUGGUGUACGUCGCGAAACAAAAGCUGCGCUCUCUGAUUGCGAAACAAAAGAACGCAUCAGUGGCAAAGGGUAAACGGAGAGCGCCCGGGUUUUCCAUACCACAGCUUGACGGAGGAGCGGAUGAGCCAGCUAAACCCCAACAGAAACGAAAUCUCAAACUCCUGCCAGGUUCCUUCUUGAGGGUAGCAAGUAACCAAUCGAAAGACGUCCGAGUGCCACUAGGUAGCGCGCAAUCUGCCAGCAGGGAAGACGAUCAACAUCCCCACGUGGACGAGGUACAACGGAGGCGCGAGCGAAUUCUUGCAGCUUAUCGAGCCCGAGCUGCAAAGCUUGCAAGCAAAAAGGAUAAACAGUUGGCUAGCGGACGAAAUGGCUGCGACGUUAAAAAGGGAAAGGGAAAGACGGGGGUGGAUUACUGGGUGGAGGUGUUUUGUGAGCAUGAGGACAAGUGGAUUACUAUCGAUGUGCUGAACGGUAGCGUUUACAAAUUGGAGGAUAUUGUAAAACAAGCGACCCAACCCAUUGUGUAUGUGUUGGCCUGGAACAACGAUGGCUCGAUUAAGGACGUCUCUCCACGCUACAUCUCUCGGCUCGGUAGUAAAAAGAGCAAGCUUCGCGUUGAUGAUCCGUGGCUGGAGAAAGCCCUUCGACCUUACCAUGGCAAACGAAACAAGCGCGAUCUGAUUGAGGAUGUUAAAUUCGAUCGAUUGCUCAACAAACGACCCUUUCCAGAGCAAAUAAGUGAAUUUAAAAACCACCCCAAGUAUGCGAUUGAGCGAUAUUUGCUUCGAAACGAAGCCAUCUAUCCACCAGAUGCACCUAUUCUUGGACAUAUCCGUGAGGAACCGAUCUACCUGCGGGACUGCGUGCAUCAGCUGCAUUCGCGAGAAGCUUGGCUGCGACAGGCCAAGACAGUUCGUCUGCACGAAGCACCGUAUAAGGUGGUAAAGGCGAAAGCAAAGUAUGACCGGUUCACGGGCGCUGCCAUCACUGGCCAAACGGUGGAGCUGUUUGGCGAAUGGCAGGUGAAAGAUUACGAACCACCAGUUGCGAAAGACGGGCUUGUACCGCGUAGCGCAUACGGCAACGUAGAUCUAUUUCAACCCUGCAUGCUACCAAAGGGGACGGUACACCUGCAGUUGCCGGGUCUAAAUCGAAUAUGCCGGAGGUUGCGGAUCGACUGCGCUCAGGCAAUUACUGGAUUUGAAUACCGAAAUAGUGGUUGCCAAGCGGUGUACGAUGGGUUCGUUGUGUGCGCCGAAUUUCGCGAUCAAGUGCUGGAUGAGUGGUAUCAGGAGCAGGUCGAGCUCCAGCGGAAAGAAGACGAACGGCGCCAGAAACGCAUAUACGCCAAUUGGAGACGCUUGAUAAUGGGGUUGAGCAUACGCAAAAAGCUAAAAGAUCGAUAUAAUUUUGAUAAUAUGUAAAUACGGAAUGCAGUACGUGUUAACACGAUGUACACGGAUGCGUAAUAAGAGGUACAAGGCUGUUUUUGUUACAAAACCAGAAGUCUUAACAGAUUACGUUAAGAGAGCUUUGUUCGUUAU